AUGCUUGCAGAUGUUUUAAAAGAAAUGAACAUCUUGAAUAAAACGUUGCAAUCGCAGCAUGUUGCAGUGUGGACUUGUCUACAAUGGAUUAACCAGUUAAAAAAGAAAAUUGACAGGUGGAUUAGCAUUAUCCAACGCAGGGCAUUCACCGAAGAAGAGUUUAAAAAUUUUCAACAUACAAUGGAACAGCAAAGCAUAAUACUAUCUCCUGAAGUUGAACAUCGAUAUCUUCAAAUUCUAAAAGAAUUAAAAAAAGAUUUUGAAAAAAGGUUUCAAGAUUUUGACAUUGUCAAGCCCAUUUGCAAUUAUUUGACGAACCCGCUAAUGGACUUGGAAGUGCCGUAUAUGGAAGAAUUGUGUUCUCAAAUGUCAAAGCUCUUUCAGAUCGAUGAGAACAAAGCGGUCAACGAGAUGAUUCGCUUAUCUACUGCUUCGUGGACUGGAACGAAAUGUGAAGAUUUUUGGAGGCACCUGGAAUCUUCGGAAUAUCCAAAUCUGAUUACCGUCUUGCAGAGAAUAUUAUCUAAGAAUGGAACUACUUGCUGUUGCGAAUCCAUGUUUUCUUUAAUGAACAACAUAAAAUCUAAGACCACAUCGAGCAUUGAUGACGGGAAUUUGAAUGAUGUAAUGCGGCUUGCAGUGACAACUUACACUCCUGACCAGGAUGCACUGAAUUUACUCCUUAAUAACCACCAUCACAUAAUGAAAAACCAAAUGGCCCUUUUCAGGGCCACCAAAUGCUUUUACGACGAAACAUUCUUAUUCGUCAAACAUGUCAAAAUAAGAAGAUUCGUUUAA